GUCCUCAGUUCAAUAUCAGAAGAAUCGCAUUACACUUCUAACUGUUGCAUCAAUCAAUAUGGAAGUUUUACUCGGAAUCACUGGAAAGGACUUUACCAUCCUUGCGGCCUCCAAGGCCGCCAUGCGCGGAGCAACAAUCCUCAAGUCUUCCGACGACAAGACCCGCCAACUUAACCAGCAUACACUGAUGGCUUAUUCUGGAGAAGCCGGGGAUACAGUGCAAUUUGCGGAGUACAUCCAAGCCAAUGUUCAGCUAUAUACCAUGCGGAACGAGGUCGAACUGAGUCCUUCGGCCAUAUCGAGCUUUGUCCGGGGUGAACUGGCAAAGAGCUUACGCUCUCGGAGUCCUUACACUGUUAAUCUGCUUCUCGGCGGUAUCGAUCCUAUCACGCAGAAGCCACAUCUGUAUUGGCUUGACUAUCUGGCGUCUUGCGCAUCAGUACCAUAUGCGGCGCAUGGUUAUGCACAGUACUACUGCCUCUCCAUUCUCGACAAGCACCACCACCCCGAUAUCAAUUACGAGCAGGGUAUGAAGAUACUGCGAAUGUGUACCGAUGAGUUGAAGAGACGGUUACCGAUAGACUUCAAGGGGGUUACUGUCAAGGUCGUUACCAAGGACGGCAUUAAUGAAGUCGAGUAUGAUGACAGCAAGCAGGUCAUCAGCGCAUAGAGUUCAUUGAAAAUGGACAUUACACUGUCUUUUGGUUCCUAAAUUUUUUCCUUUUCACGUGCGUUUUCCUAGGUCCGGCAUGGUUUCGGUGCUACUUUUCUAUUCUCAAUGAUCUGAGCGAAAUGAAAACACCUUUAAACAUAUCAGUCAUCUGCCACUGCAGCCACUC